AUGCUAGUAGAUACCGGUUCGGUUGCUACGGUAAUUUCGAGAAAGGUUUAUGACACUUUAGGCUCAAAUAAACCUGUACUGCAGACGUGUGCAAACACGUUAUGUGCUGCAGAUGGGGGACCUUUACACGUGUAUGGCCAGGCUUUAUUUUCAAUUAAACUGGGAAAGAAAGUGUACGAGCAUGAAAUAAUUGUAGCUGAUCUUGGUGGACUCUCAGGAAUAGUUGGUUUAGAUUUUCUUGAAUUAAUUUUUGCUGUUUUGUUUGUUACAAAGGGAGUUCUCAAGAUGCCAGAUAAUGAGUUAUGGUUGCAUCAUGAGGUAGACAAUGUGAUUGCACAUAUUAGAUUGAGUGAAAAUGUUAUAAUUCCUUCAGAAACUGAAAUGAUUAUCAAGGGAAUAGUCGAUAGACCAGUUAAAUAUGGCUGGGAGGGGAUUGUUGAAUCGGAUGGUAGUGUAGAGAAGAUGGGAUUAUUGAUGCCUAAGUCCUUGGUUAAAGUGAAACAAGAUGAAAUUCUGUUUUCAGUGUUGAAUUCUGGAUCUGAGUAUGUUAGGUUAGAAAAAGGUUAUCCGGUAGCUACAUUAGAGAUGGUAUUUGGAGUUACAAAAACCGAUAACAAUAGAGUUAAUUCUAUCAGAGAAACAGGGAAUUCACUCGAAACUAUCGAGGAAUUACCUGAACAUCUGACAGAUUUAUUAGAACAAAGUGUAAAACAUCUUACUAAAGAGGAGGGUGAGCAAGCCGAGAAAUUGAUCAGGGAGUUUAGUGAUAGUUUUGUUGGUCCUAAGGAUAAAUUGGGUCGAACAGAUCUUGUUAAACACUACAUAGAUACUGGUGAUGCUAAACCAAUUAAAUUGCCUCUCACUGGACGAUUACCCAGAGGUCAAAAGGAAGUUGUGUUGAGAUGGACACAGUGCUAA